AUGUCAGACAUAUUCGAGACGUCUCUGGGAUUGCGCAAGGCGGUUCGCGGGUCCCUUGGCCGAUUCGACUGGAUCGGCUGGAGGGCCACCGCCUUCCUCUGGGCCUCGGAACCCCAUUACUACUUCCAGACAUCCCACAAAAUGUUCAAGCACUACCGAACACCAAGCCCAGCUGACGAAUGCCCUGAUAUUUUCUUCGACCGAGAAUCCAAGCGGCCAAGAAGAACAGAUCCGAUGCCAGUUGCUCGCACACAACGCAACCUGAGCGUUGGAGAUCUUAGACAACUCCUCACAAUAUGGGAUUUUACAAUGAAUCCUAGUCAACAACCAGAAGCCGCAGUAGACCGGGCCGCUACCAUCAUCUUUUCGGGUAUUCUGAUGUUCCCUGAUGAGGAACAGCGGAGAGAGACUAUAUGGGACCAAGUCCACCAACGACUUUUUUACUUCCUUCACGUUCAAGAUGGAAAACUGCACAACGUCCGAGUGGUGACCCACAACCACUACCGCCAAGAUCGACUGCUGGAGAUCCUGCCAGCCGGCAACGAGUCCGCAGCAGCGAGGCAGAGGCGUGAGACUUCGGCACGGGCUCACAUUGCCAAAGCUGAGCGUACCAUGGCAGAACUACAAGCUUGGGUCUCAGAAGCCGUCGAGUCGGAGAGAAACGUCCUGGCUCAGAUCAACAACAAUCCGGAAGUCCACGUGGCGAGCCGCAAGGAGGCGGAAUGCAGGCUACGUUGGGCGAUGGAAUGAGAGGGGGACUACCUCGGAACUCUUCGCGCCCAGUUCGACCCCGCCAACGACCUCCCCAGCGAGGGUAUCGCUAUUGCUGUCAUGAGCGCCGAUAUCCGUAAGAACUGGUUCCGAGAGAUCUUCCAGGACAGAGAUCGGAUCUUUUCCGUUUACGCAGCGUUUGAGUUGUGCAGCCACUUUGCGUAAGCUUCUCAACUUCUCAAUGCCUUGAGCGUGGAAAAGCAAGGAUAGUAACAACAGCACUUACCUCAUACAAAGAAAAGAUUAGGCAG